UUAGAUUUUGAGUGAUUAUCAGAUAAAUUAUGGCACUUGUUGAUUCAAUCAUAGAUGAAUUAAAUGAUUUAGAUGAAUUAGACGUAUUAUCCGAUGAUGUUCAUGGAAAAGCUGAUAUGGAUGAUCUUGAUAGUAUUUCGAAGCUACUAAAAUCACGUAGCUACGUUGAUAUAAUGCAGAAAGUUGAAGAUGCGAAUAAAGGAAUUGUUACCUUCAGCUAUUAUCAUGGUUGUUUCUGUUACGGCGUCAACUACUAGUGGCAAGCCGUUGCCGGAGGAUGUUUUGCAGAGGACAUUGGAAGCAUGUGAUAGAACCCUAGCUCUUGAUUCAUCGAAGAAGAAGGUCGUUGAUUUUGUUGAGAGUCGAAUGAGUACUAUUGCUCCUAAUCUGUGUGGUGUUGUUGGUAGUGCAGUUGCUGCGAAACUAAUGUGUUGUGCUGGUGGUUUAUCGUUGUUGGCGAAUAUGCCUGCUGAUAAUGUGAGGAGUCUGGGUGGUAAAAGGAAGAAUUUAGCAGGGUUUUCCACAGCUAAUGCUUCGCGAUUUUGUUAUAUUGAGGAAACAGAUGUAUAUCAGAGUACACCUCCUUCGUUGAGGGUGAAAGUUUGUAGGAUUUUGGCGAAUAAAGCUAUUCUAGCAGCACGAAUGGACUUGAGCAAAGCUGGAAUGUUCAGUUUUAAGGAAGAGAUUUGUAAAAAGAUAGAGAAAUUGCAAGAGUUACCUCCUGCAAGGCUGCCAAAGCCUCUUCCAGUUCCUGAUUUUAGGUCUAAGAAGCAGAGAGGUGGUAUUCGGCAUAGAAAGAGGAAAGAUGUAUAUCAGGUUACAGAGGCGCAGAAGAUGAGGAAUAGGGUGAAGUUUGGGUCACCUGAAGAAAGCUCGUUAGGGGAUGGAUUAGGGGUGGGCUAUGGUAUGCUUGGUCAGGCUGGAAGUGGCAAGUUGCUUGUAUCAGCUCGUCAGAACAAGAAAAAAGCAAAGAUUAACAAGGUGAAGAGUUAUGGAAGCAGUGGAUCAGGCCUGAUGAGUUCGAGUUUUGCCUUCACACCAGUACAAGGGAUUGAGCUAUCGAAUCCUCAGGCAUAUUCGGAUGGAACUCAAAGCACCUAUUUUUCUGAGACAGGAACAUUUUCGAAGAUUAAGAGACAAAAGUCCGUUUUUGAUGUUUGAGAUUGCAAGUUCAAUCAUGAUCCAUUAGGUGUUCUGUUACCUGUCUACCUUCAAAAUGAAGCAGAUUGAUGAGUUUAUCUGUGGAAGCAAUGUUAUGUGAGGAUAGUAUGAGCUUGAGGAGGUGAUCGAUUCCUUUUUUUGAUGUCAUGUGCAUGUGAGUUCCACGACUUCUCCUGUGUUUUGUGCAGAACUGAAAGCUUGACGUAAAAGACAUAAAUAAUCAAACAAUAAUUGAAAUUCUACCGUUAAAUUCCACGUAGUCCAAUUUCAAGUGUCUACAAAGCAAAGUUGCAAAAAUAUACUGCAGGUGAGUAUUGUACUAAACGCAUGGCAUGAUAAAUUCUAAAACCAGAAUAAAUAAAG